GCCUCACUGCCGUUAGCGUCCUGAAGUCCUUUACGCAUCUACUCCCUUAAGGCUAGGGCGGAGACAACUUGCUGCCCGCCUUUACAUCUCCGGAUGCCAGAGGGACCAUCUGUGAGGAAGUUCCACCGCUUGGUCUCCCCCUUUGUGGGGCAGCAGGUGGUCAAGACAGGGGGCAGCAGUCAGAAGCUGACCCCUGCCAGCUUGCAGUCUCUGUGGCUCCAAGAUACACAGGUCCAUGGAAAAAAAUUAUUCCUUAGAUUUGAUCCAGAUGAAGAACUUGGUUCCCUUGGCAACAUCUCACUGCCAGAGUCUCUAGAAAAAGGAGAGAGGAAGGAGGAGGUCCAGGACCAAAAGCAGGCCUCGGGGCCCAGCAGCCAGAAUACUUCUCAGCCGCCCUCUCAGUCCCUGGAGCAUGUUGCUCCCAGUGGAGACAGUGGUUUGGAGGGUUUGCGGGGAGAUGCUGCUGUGGGAGCUGCGGAGAGGUGGCUGCAGGUCAGCUUUGGUAUGUUUGGCAGCAUUUGGGUGAACGAGUUCUCCAGAGCGAAGAAAGCAAACAAGAGGGGCGACUGGAGGGACCCCAUUCCAAGGUUGGUCCUGUACUUUGGUGGUGGCGGCUUCCUGGCAUUCUAUAAUUGUCAGAUGUCUUGGAGCUCUUCCCCAGUGGUCAGACCUGCCUCUGACAUCUUGUCGGAAAAGUUUGAUCGACGACAAGCCUUGGAAGCUUUGAGCCAGGAGCAGCCUGUCUGCUAUACCCUGUUGGACCAAAGAUACUUCUCAGGCUUAGGGAACAUCAUUAAGAAUGAAGCCUUGUACAGAGCAGGGAUCCAUCCCCUUUCUCUCGGCUCUCUCCUCAGCCAUCAGCACCUUGAGGCCCUCGUGGAUCAUGUGGUGGAGUUCAGUGCGGACUGGCUUCAGGGCAAGUUCGAGGGCAGACAGCAGCACCCGCAGAUCUACCAGAAAGAACAGUGCCCUGGGGGACACCGGGUCAUGAGAGAGGCGUUUGGGCCUCCGGGUGGCUUCCAGAGGCUCACAUGGUGGUGCCCGCAGUGCCAGCCCAGGUUGUCUCCUGAUGAGCAAGGGCAGGUCCAGCUCUCCUAGGGGACUCCCGCCCAUCUUCACAGAACCUGGACCUU